GGAGGCCCUUUUCCGGUGGCGGCGCUGAGCGGUGAGGAGUUCGUGUUCAUACUUGUAGCUAUGUGGUCCAAGGGUCCGCUGCAGUCCGUGCAAGUCUUCGGAUGCAAGAAAACAGCCACAGCUGUGGCCCACUGCAAACGAGGAAAUGGGCUUAUCAAGGUGAAUGGACGUCCCCUGGAGAUGAUCGAGUCGCGCACGCUGCAGUACAAGUUACUGGAGCCUGUUUUGCUUCUGGGCAAGGAGAGACUUGCUGGUGUGGAUAUCCAGGUCCGUGUGAAGGGUGGUGGUCAUGUGGCCCAAAUUUAUGCUACCCGGCAGUCCAUCUCAAAAGCUCUGGUGGCUUAUUACCAAAAAUAUGUAGAUGAAGCCUCUAAGAAGGAGAUCAAAGAUAUCCUCAUCCAGUACGAUCAGACCCUGCUUGUAGCUGACCCCUGUCGCUGCGAAUCCAAAAAGUUUGGCGGUCCCGGUGCCCGUGCCCGGUACCAGAAAUCUUACCGAAAAGCCAGUCUCAAGGAUCAGGGUUUACCUUUGUAAUAAACAUCC